AUGUUUACACCUCUGGUGUCUUGCGGUGGGUUUGGGGCGGGGGGAAUAGAGAGGAAAUGGAUGGGGGGUAUUUUAGGCCCUCCUUGCCCCCCCACUGCACCAAAAGAAAACAAAGAAGGUAAAAGUCGAAGCCUUUCAAGUCUCAAGUUGACAGCGGUGGCUCGCGAGGACGGAGGCUGUGAAGGAGCGGGAGGCGAUUUGCACGAUGUCGGGGGUUUGCACGUGACGAAAUCCAGCCACCGCCAAGCUGUUAAAACUUCGGAGAGGUCGAGGCGAGCAGCAGGACAAUUGACUGUUGGCCAAAGGAAACGGCUGGACAACUUGGCUCGCAUCUCAUCAACAUGGCCAUGGUUGUCGUCUUCGGAGCUGGUGUUUAGCCGGACAGGUGAACGGGAUUGUAGAAGGAGCGGUUCCUCCGGGGGGGUGGGGAGCUGCAAGAGAGGCGAGUGCCUUGUUUCCUUGACCACACCUUCUGUUCCUCCGCAGCAAACCAAAGAAUAA